GAACUAUGAAGGACCUGGUUUAUUUCCCACCGUUCCUUUGUUUUUUCUCGGAGAGAGACGUGGGUAAAAUAUUCCCACAUCUCUUCCAUAAAAUACAGAACUGCAACCUCCUAUUGCGACACUUCUCCCCAGUCUCCAUGGAUACCCUCUCCAGCUCUGUUUCAACCCUCAAAGUUCCUGCCCUUUACUCAGCACCUCGUGAAUUUUAUCACUUCAAAACUCUCUCAACGUCUCAUCAACUUCCCCCUCAUCUCACUACCAAACACAACUCCAUCUCCAACAAAACUACCGUCCAGUCCUUUUAUCUCAAGACUCUUAAUUCUCCACAAUCCUGCACUUCUCAAAGUUCAUCUCUCAAGUCAUCUCCCAAUAUCCACCUAAACCCAGCAAGCGGCUAUGCUGCAGCACUUCUAGACGUAGCCCAAUGCAACAAUUCCCUUGAAACCGUACAAAGGGAUGUCGAAAGAUUGUUGAAGCUGCUCCAAAGUGAGCAAGCACAGGCUGUUUUGGCCAAUCCGCUUGUGGGUGAGAAAAAUAAAGGACAAUUGGUGAAUGAAUUGGCAAAGAAAGGGAAAAUGAAUAGGCUUUUGGUGAGACUGUUGAAGAUGUUAAUAGAGAGAAAUAAGGUAAUAAUGGUGAUUGAGGUGUUAAUGGAGUUUCAGAGGAUAUAUGAUGAGUUGAGUGGUACAAAGGUGGUAUUGGUUUCGUCUCAGAAGAAGAUGGAGGACGAUGAGCUGUUUGGGAUCGCUCGAAGUGUGCUAAAGCUUAGCGGGGCUAUGAAGGUAAGGGUAAAAAAUUUGUUUGGUGUCAAUGGGGAGAAGUUACCAUCCUUUGCUAUGUAACAAAGCUCCAUAUCGGUGUAAAGAUAUUAUUUUUUAUGCAAAAUUAGCUCUCUGAAAAUGAAUCGAGUUUGAAAUAUAAA